AUGCAUCACUCGUUUCUCGUUGGCAGUUCUUGCUUCACGGCCUCGGACCUGGAGGAGCUCCGGGCCCGUAUUGGCACGGCCGCCGAUGCUACCGUGAAGCAGCUGCAGGGCGAUUGGUUUUACUAUCUCGAUCUCAAGAAUGAAUCUGAAGUCGUCUUCAACAAGAUCAACGAGCUUCUGCAGGACUUUGGCAACCGACAGGCGCCGCUUGAUGAGACCAGCGCCAAUGUACUCACCCUGUACAUUACCCCGCGAUACAUCUCGCCAUGGAGCUCCAAGGCCACCAGCAUCGCCCAUGUCUGUGGUUUGCGCGAGGGAGUCAACCGCAUUGAGCGCGGGAAGCGUAUCAUGAUCGAAUUCGACAAGCCCGCCACCGAGCAGCAGAUUGCUGCCUUCCGCGACAUCCUCCACGACCGAAUGACCGAAAUCUUCGACCGCACACAACCAGACCACGCGACAAUGUUUGCCGAAGGCUUACCUUCCCCUCUCGUGGUUGUCGACAUCUUUGCUGAUGGCCAGGACCCCCUUGCCGUCCUCUCCGACUACAACAAGGCAAAGGGUCUCAGCCUCGACCAAUCCGAGAUGGACUACUUAGUUGGCGUCUUCAAGAAGCUCGGUCGCUCGCCCCACGACGUCGAGCUGUUCAUGUUCGCGCAGGUCAACUCGGAGCAUUGUCGCCACAAAGUUUUCAACUCAUCCUGGAACAUUGAUGGUGUUGAGAAAGACAAGAGCUUGUUCCAGAUGAUCCGGGAGACUCACAAGAAGACUCCGGAUUACACCAUCUCGGCUUACAGCGACAAUGCGGCCGUGUUGCAGGGCGAGGCGGCCAACUACUGGUCGCCCGACUACUCCACUGGCACUUGGAAGCUUACGCCCGAAAUUGUUCAUAUUCUGGCCAAGGUCGAGACUCACAACCACCCGACCGCCAUUUCACCCUUCCCCGGUGCUGCCACAGGCUCUGGUGGUGAGAUUCGAGACGAGGGCGCUGUAGGCCGAGGCUCCGUGACCAAGGCCGGCCUUGCUGGUUUUUGGGUCUCGGAUCUACUCAUCCCCGACCACAUUGCUCCUUGGGAAAAAGACAUUGGCCGACCUGCUCACUACGCCAGCAGUCUCGAUAUUAUGCUCGAAGCCCCCAUUGGUAGCGCCCGCUUUAACAACGAGUUUGGUCGACCAUGCCUUACUGGCGUCUUCCGUACUCUGCUCACUCCUUCCGAUGCCACUGAAACUACAGAUGCAAAGGACGUUUCCGAAUGGCGUGGCUACCACAAGCCCAUCAUGAUUGCCGGUGGCCUGGGUACUGUUCGGCCCGAACACGCUCUCAAAGAGGAGCGCUUUGUCCGCGAUGGCGCCCAUGUCAUUGUCCUUGGCGGUCCUGCUAUGCUGAUUGGUCUUGGUGGUGGCGCCGCCUCGAGCAAUGCUACGGGUGAAAGCAACGCCGACCUUGACUUUGACAGUGUCCAGCGUGGCAACCCCGAGAUGGAGCGACGUGCCCAGAUGGUAAUCAACACCUGCUGCGCUCUCGGCAGUGAGAGCCCUAUUGCUAUGAUUCAUGACGUUGGCGCCGGCGGUCUUUCCAACGCUUUGCCAGAGCUUGUGCAGGAUGCUGGCUUUGGUGGAAACUUUGAACUGCGUCAAGUUGAGAGUGCUGAUCGCAGCAUGAGCCCCCUUCAAAUCUGGUGCAACGAGGCUCAGGAGCGUUACGUUCUUCUCAUCAAUGCCGACGAUAUGAAUCGCUUCACCAGCAUCUGCCAGAGAGAGCGAUGCGGCUUCUCUGACGUUGGUACCGUUGUCUCCAAGGCUUCAAACGGCACAAGCAACCUUGUUCUUACCGACCGCGAGUCCAAGGAAUAUCCUCGCCCCAUUGAUCUGCCCAUGGAUGCUCUAUUCCCCCCCAAGAGACAGCUGAAGCGAACUGUCACCUCCAAGAAGCCAACCCUUGCUCCCUUCAAAGCCCUUGCAAGCCUGGAGAAGGCUUACGGAACCGGUCUGUCAACUCAAGAGCUUUUGUCCAAGGCUGUGGAACGCGUUUUCCAUCUUCCUGCUGUCGGCUCCAAGUCUUUCCUCAUUACAAUCGGCGACAGAACCCUUGGUGGCCUGUCCGCGAGAGACCAGAUGGUUGGACCGUGGCAAGUUCCCGUUUCCAACGUCGCUGUCACUGCUACUUCUUUCCAUAUUGGCGGAAACCAAAAGACUGGCGAGGCCAUGGCGAUGGGCGAAAAGCCGACCAUUGCUCUCAUCGAUCCGGCUGCUUCGGCCCGCAUGGCGGUCGCCGAAUCGUUGAUGAACCUCGGUGCUUCGGAUGUCAUGGGCGACCUGCGUCGUGUCAAGCUCUCUGCAAACUGGAUGGCUGCUGUCAGCCACCCAGGUGAAGGUGCUGCCCUCUACGAGGCUGUUCAUGGUGCCAUGGAAAUUUGCACGGCGCUGAAUAUCAGUAUUCCUGUUGGUAAGGACUCUACCUCGAUGAAGACUGUCUGGAGAAACGGCGAAAAUUCCAAGAGUGUAACUGCCCCCAUCUCCGUCGCCAUCUCGGCGUUCGCUGUUGUCGAGGACUACAAGAAUACAUGGACGCCUCAGCUCCGCCGCGUCGAGGAUGUGGGGGAGACUCUUCUCAUGUUUGUGGAUCUCGCCGAAGGUCGCAAAGCUAUGGGUGGCUCUGCCCUGGCCCAGUCUCUGGGUGCUAUUGGUAAUGAAGCGCCCGACAUGAAGAACUUCGAUAUGAUCACAGACUACUAUGAUGCCCUCGAUCAACUUCAUAAGAGCGGAGUUGUUCUCGCGUAUCAUGACCGAUCUGACGGUGGUCUCAUUACGGCCGUUGCCGAGAUGAUGUUUGCUGGUCGCUGCGGCGUGGAUAUUAUGAUGGAUGGCAUUUCCAAGACUGGUAGCCCGGCCGAUAUGAUUGAUGCUCUGUUCAAUGAGGAACUCGGUGCCGUCUUCCAGAUCCGCAAGUCUGAUGAGACCAACUUCAAGCGUUGCUUCGCCACCUGUGGUCCUCCUCCCGGACUGAUUCGCAAGUUUGGCGCUGUGAAGGCCAAGUCCAAGCAGAACCUGUCUAUCCGCUACGGUGCUACUCCAUUUGCCACGCUCGAUCGUGCUGAGAUGCAGAAGUGGUGGAGCAAGACUUCGUAUGCUCUGCAGCGCCUACGCGAUACCGCUGCUGGUGCUGACUCUGAGUUCUCUCUCAUCGAUGACAACGAAGACCCUGGUAUUUCAUACAAGCUCAGCUUCACCCCGUCCGAGAACAUCAUGCCUUUGACCAAAUCGAUCACUGGAAUGUUCUCCAAGCCUCCCCGUGUUGCUAUUCUUCGCGAGCAGGGUGUUAACGGCUACGCCGAAUUGGCCUACUCCUUCCGUGCUGCGGGCUUUGAGGCGGUUGACCUUCACAUGACAGAUGUUCUCGGCGGCCGCGCCCUGGAUGACUUUGUCGGUCUCGCCUGCCCCGGAGGCUUCUCCUACGGCGAUGUUCUCGGCGCCGGCAAUGGCUGGGCCCAGUCUAUCCUAAUGAACAAGACUGCUUGCGGCGAGUUUGCCAACUUCUUCAACCGCCCCGACACCUUUGCCCUCGGCAUCUGCAACGGCUGCCAGAUGCUCACACGCCUCAAAUCUCUCAUCCCUGGCACGGAGCACUGGCCCAACUUUGUCGACAACGCUUCGCAGCAGUUUGAGGGCCGCGUCAGCAUGGUCCGCGUCGAGGUCGACGAGUCGAAGCCCUCCGUCUUCUUCCACGGCAUGAGCGGCUCCGCGCUUCCGGUCGCCGUGGCCCACGGCGAGGGCCGCGCCCUGUUCGGCUCGCCCAACUCGUACCAGCACCUCGAGGGUGCUGGCAUGAUUCCCAUGCGCUACGUUGACAACCGCCUCAACGUCACGGAGAAGUACCCGUUCAACCCGAACGGCAGCCCCGGCGGCAUCGCCGGCGUGCAGAGCAGGGACGGACGCUUCGUGGCCAUGAUGCCGCACCCUGAGCGCACCAUCAUGGCCGGCAUCGGCAGUUACAUCCCCGACGGGGCUGCUGAGACCUGGGGCGAGUUUGGACCUUGGAUUCGUCUCUUCCGCAGCGCCCGUAGAUGGGUUGGCUGA